AUGUCAGACCAACCCACCAUCCGCCUCGCUACGGCAGAGGAUGUCCCACUAAUCCUCGAAUUCAUCCGCGAACUCGCCGACUACGAAAAAGCCCUCCACGAAGUCGAAGCCACCGUCGAAUCUCUCACAAACACCCUCUCAUUCCCCGACGACCCUCCCAAGCGCGGCUCAGUCUACACGGCCCUAAUCACCCCCCCGGCGUCCCCCGAAAACCCCACCCCAAUCCCGGUGGGGAUGGCAUUGUACUUCUAUAACUACUCCACCUGGCGCUCUGCACCGGGCAUCUACCUCGAGGAUCUAUACGUGCAACCUGUUGCGCGCGGAAGAGGAUAUGGGUUUAAGCUGUUGAAGUAUCUCGCAAAGCAGGUGAUUGAGGUUAAGGGCAGACGGCUUGAAUGGAGUGUGUUGAAGUGGAAUACGCCCUCGAUUAAGUUCUAUGAGCAGGUUGGGGCGAAGGGAAUGGAGGAGUGGAUGAAGAUGAUGGUUGAGGGGGAUGCAUUGGGGAAGUUGGCAGAAGGCGCUUAG